CUAAAUCUCGCCGCCGUCAACAUGGGCAAAUUAAUACGGCUCGAGUUGUUCAACUUCAAGUCCUACAAGGGCCACCAUGUUCUCCUCUUCGGCGAUUCUUACUUCACCUCGAUUAUCGGUCCCAAUGGCUCGGGCAAAUCUAAUUCCAUGGACGCCAUCUCCUUCGUUCUCGGCAUCAAAUCCUCCCAUCUGCGUUCAACCCAUCUACGCGAUCUGGUUUACCGUGGCCGUGUUCUGAAGACUUCACGCAUCAAUGCCGACGGAACCGCUACCGAAGUCCCUGAGGGCGAGGCCCAGGAACAGGGGGCUGAUUCUGGUGCACAAGAGGAGGAUCAAGAUACCCAGACCAGCACCCAGCGCGCCGACCCCACCAAUGCUUGGGUUAUGGCUGUCUACGAAGACGACGCCGGCGACGAACAGGCCUGGAAACGCUCCAUCACCUCCACUGGCCAGUCUGAAUACCGCAUCAACAACAGAUCUGUCUCGGCAAAGCAGUACAACGAGGCUCUCGAGGCUGAGAACAUUCUGAUCAAGGCUCGCAACUUCCUCGUCUUCCAGGGCGAUGUCGAGGCCAUUGCUUCCCAAAGUUCAAAGGACUUGACCAGGUUGAUUGAACAAAUCAGCGGCAGUCUUGAGCACAAGGCCGACUACGAUCGACUCAAGAUUGAAGCAGAGAAAGCAGCUGAAGACCAGGCUUUCAGACUCAACCAGCGCAGAGGCAUCAACUCCGAGAUCAAGCAAUACCAGGAGCAGAAACGCGAAGUUGACAACUACACCCGCAAAGCCGACGAGAGAGACCAAGCUGUCGUGACUCACGUACUAUGGAAAUUGUUCCACUUUCAGCAGAUGGUCGAGUCCUCCGGAGCCGAGAUCCAGAAGCAUCAGGAAGAGUUGAAAGAAUACCGCAGAAACGUCGAGGCUUUUGAGACCAGACUUGCCGAAGCACAGCAAGAGCAAGCCAGAGCAGGCCGUGAGGUUCACAAGCUAGAGCGCAAUAUCAAGAACAAGGAGAAGGCCGUCGAAGAGAAGGAAAACGACCUUCUACCCAUCAACGAGAAGAUCUCGCUCUCCAACAAGAAGCUCGAAGCAUCGCGCAAGCGUAUCGCCGAAAUCUCAAAAGAACGCGAUGCCCAAGCUCGCAAUGCCGACCAACUGAAGAAGGAUCUCGACGUGGUACAAAAGGCUCAAAGCAGAUGGCAACAGGAAUGGUCGGCUGCACAACAACAAGCCGGACGUGAACUCAGCGAAGCAGACCUACAAGAGUACAAUCGCUUGCGAGGAGAUGUCAACAAGAGGACUGCAGCCGACCAGAUCAAGGUGGACAACAUUACUCGCCAGCUCAAGACGGAUGAAGAGACCGUUGAAAGUCUGAAGAGCAAAGUCGACUCCACCGAGAACUACAUUUCCAAGCUCGACAGUGACAUCGCAUCUCUGCGUUCGAAGCGCGAUGAGCUGAAAUCCACCGUUCGCUCCAUUAACAAUGAAGCCGAUGGAAAGAAAAAGGAGUUCAACACCUUGACUUCGGAGAGGCUGAAGGCAGCUCAAAAACACACCGAGAUCGAGGAAAAGCUCCAAGAAGUUCUGCACAAGCUCAACGACGCAUCAGUGUCUCGACGAGAGUCCGAGAAGGAGACGAGAGCUCGUGAGACUGUCGCGGCAAUGAAGAGAAUCUUUCCUGGUGUUCGUGGUCAACUGUGGUCGCUCUGCAAGCCGAAACAGAAAAAGUACAACGUCGCUGUUAGCACUGUACUCGGCCGCCACCACGACUCUAUUGUAGUAGACACCGAGAAAGUGGCCAAGGAGUGUAUUCAGUAUCUUCGUGACCAGCGUGCUGGUCAGGCCACCUUCAUCCCGCUCGACACUAUCAUGCACAAGGCACCGAACGCAAACUUGAAGGGCAUGCAUAAGGGUAUGCGCCUCGCCAUUGACACAAUCGACUACGACAAUGCGGUUGAGCGUGCAAUCUCUUUCGCGUGUGGUAACAGUAUUGUGUGUGAUGAUCUCCAAAUUGCUAGAUACCUCUGCUACGACAAACAUGUCGAGGCCAAGGCUGUCACGCUCGACGGAACUAUCAUCCACAAAGGUGGCUUGAUGACUGGUGGGCAUGGUUCCAACGAUCAACGGAACGCACGGAAGUGGGAGGACUCGGAGGUCGAAAAUCUGCGCCGCCUCAAGGACAAGCUGCUCGCCGACUUGGGCGCUCUGCCGAAGGGCCAUCGUCGACAGGCGGAAGAGGAAGCAUUGCAGGGAGAGCUCUCGGGUCUUGAAUCACGACGCGCAUAUGCCGACGAGGAGCUCAAAGCACUCGAGUCCAACAUUGCGAGCAAACGCCGUGAGCUGUCGCACGCAAGUGAACAGCUCGAGGACACAAGGCCCAAGUACGAAGAGCAGGCUCAGGGCGUCAGUACCUUGCGUGACCAGCUCGAGUCAUACUCGUCUUCAAUUGCGACUGUUGAGGACGAAGUCUUUGCUGCAUUCUGUCAACGUCUGGGCUACAGCGACAUUCGAGCAUACGAAGCCCAGCAGGGUAGCGCCCAGCAAGAGGCCGCACAGAAGAAACUCGAAUUUACUACGCAGCGCAGCAGAUUGGAGAACCAGCUUUCGUUCGAGACACAACGUCUGCAGACUACCAAGGACCGUAUCGCAAAAUUGCAGAGCGAUGUGAAAGAAGCACAAGCCAACAUUGCUAAUCUCGAGUCGGAGCGCGACACACUCAACAAUGAGUUGGACGAACUCAAUGCCGAGGUUGAGCAGAUGAAUGAGCAGUUGAUCACACGCAGAAUCAAGUACGAUGAGAAGUCAGACAAAGUCGGCGAACAUCGACGUGAAGUUGCGAAACGCUCAAAGUCGAUCGAGAACACCAACAAAGAUAUCACCGCCUUACAAGAGCAGGUUCAGCGAGCCAACUCGGAUCGUUACUCGUUGCUUCGCAAAUGUAGGAUCGAGGAGAUCAGUGUUCCUCUUACCGCACAGAGCAGGAAGCUCGAGUCCCUUCCACUGGACGGCGGCAUAGCUGCGGACGAAGAUGUCAUGGACGUGGAUGAGGAGGAAAGUUCCCAACGGGUGCCUGGAGUCAACGACUACGGCAUCGAUCUUGACUUCUCAGAACUGGACGACGACUUGAAGGAGGACUCGUCUGACGAAUGUGAGGCAAAUUUGCAAGAGACUAUCACGACCAUUCAAGCCGACCUCGACAAGAUGGCGCCAAAUAUGAGGGCCAUUGAGCGCUUAGAAGGCGUUGAAGCACGACUCAAAUCGACCGAUGAUGAGUUCGAAUCAAGUCGCAAGGCCGCCAAAGAAGCUAAGGAUCAAUUUGACGAGAUCCGAGAACUGAGAUCAGAUCUUUUUACCAAGGCUUACGAUCAUAUCUCUGGUCAGAUCGAUCAAGUAUACAAGGAACUCACACGCACAGCCAGUUUCCCACUGGGAGGCCAAGCAUACCUGGAUUUGGAAGAUACCGACGAGCCUUACUUGAGUGGUAUCAAGUACCACGCUAUGCCUCCUCUCAAGCGUUUCCGUGACAUGGAACACCUCUCAGGUGGUGAGAAGACCAUGGCGGCACUGGCCUUGCUCUUUGCCAUUCACACUUAUGCCCCCUCGCCCUUCUUCGUGCUAGACGAGGUUGACGCUGCUCUCGACAAUGCCAACACUGCUCGUCUAGCUAACUACGUCAAGGAGCAUGCAGGCCCUGGCAUGCAGUUCGUUGUCAUCUCACUUAAGACUGGACUUUUCCAAAACAGUGAGACAUUGGUGGGUGUCAUGAGAGAUCAGACUGUGAACAGCAGUAGGACCUUGACUAUGGAUCUUCGCAAGUACCAGGCUGCAUAAAAGUGUCUCUUCUGAUCAAGGAUCUGGAGAGGAAGGAAUGAAGCGCUGUGUAGUAUGCUUUUACCCCGCCCACGAAGCCAUAUGUUUUCUCAUCGUAGCACGAGAAGUUACGCAAGGGGAACAGCCACGAUUGUAAUUAUUAGCCAUUGCUCUAUACCGAUUACAACAUGUGAGAUUUCCAGCCAUCAAUAAACAGGCUUGAUAUAUUCCAAUCUACAUACAACAACAAGCAAGAAGAACAAGAUAUGGAAAACGUGAAUGAAGACAAAAAUGGGCAAGUCGCAUACAUGAAAGGGGGUGUGAGUGCGUGUCUAGAAGAAAAGAAUGCAUGCUUUUUUCUUUCUCAGGCUAUGUGUAAAAGACCCCAUUCAUCGAUCAUUCCUUCCCAUCUUUUUGUGCUCCAAGAAAAAAAAAA